CGCGGUGUUUAUUGUUUAGCGAAUAUACAGAUAUCUAAUUACGUACGUUCACCUAUGAUGCGGCUGAAUAUUGAGACGAGGCAAAGACUCCAGCUAAUACCAGAUACCCAGGUUCCCAAAAGCUCAUGCCGCCACGAAGAAGGGAGAUGGCCUCUAAUCAUCCUAAGGUGGCAUCAUAUGAGCUUCUCAAGCGACAGUCUUGACGCCACCUAGACAGAAAGGGGGACGAGACCGAGAGACGACAAGUAUAAAGAGUAGCAGAAUCACCCGUCGAGAUGUUGAAGUCCAGCCCAGCAGAGUUCCAUCGAUAUCGAAAACCACCUCCAAAUCGCAUUCGCAGAUUCCCCAAGUCUUUACGACAUAGCCAAUCUCUCAUUUCCUCAGAACUUCCUUAAAAAAGCCCAUCAUGCGCGCCUCAGCAAUCAUCCUCACAGCCAUGACAACAGUAGCCAUCAACGGCUACCAAGUCGACCCCAACCUUACCGACGGGGUCUACUUCAUCCCCGCGCUGAACCUAACCGGCAGCGGAAAACUAACCCAGCACUUCGGGGCCCCCAUGCGCGUCGGCGACAUCAGCAACCCCCAAACCGGCAGCAGCUCGAAAGUCGAGUUCGACGUAGUGGGCGAAGUGCCCGUUCCAGCAGACUCGCACACGUGCUACGACGCGACGGAGAACGGGGUCGACCACAUCGGGGCGCGCGACGCUUUGAAGAAGACGUGCAACGACGGGGCCUGGGUGCCGGGGUGGCGGGCAGAGCAAUCGGGCAUCAUACUGGCGCGGUACGCGAGCUCGCUUGCCUUCGUGUGCAAUUGGUCAACAAACACGCAGGCCUGCGCGCCCAACGAGAUCGAGGAUGCGUAUACCCAGAUCAGCAACAAUUGCGACGGCGAGACUAAGGGCGGACAUAUCUGCGCGAGCAGUUGGAAGAAGUGCUAUGGACACUCGACUGUUAUGGGGGAGAUCUGUGAUAAUGAUGUUUAAGUCUCUUGAGUGGGAUACUGUCGUCAUUGGACCGGGGAGGGGAGAGUUGUUUCCUUGAGUUUUGAUUUAUUCUCUUCGCAUUCCAACCAACAUAUUCAGGGGGGACGUGGGGGUCGAAAAAUGAUUUCUG